AUUUGUAGAUAGGUCUCCUGACGGACGCCCGAUAACACGAUCAAUAAUGUUAAAAUUAAAUUUAAUCGCCAUCUUUUGUUUUCUGACGCUGUCAAAUGCGUAUUUCGCGCCGAAUAUAUUUUUGAAUCAUGGCGGCGGCCCUUAUCCCGUUUUACGCGAAGAACAUAAUAUAGAAAUAGCUGAUUCAUUGAAAAAUAUAUCGAAAAUUAUGGAUUUGGAGAAAUUAAGUGCGAUUGUUAUUGUAACGGCGCAUAGGGAAGAGGAUGUGGUCACGAUAACGUCAAGCCGACAACAGUCUCUAGUCUACGAUUACUAUCAUUUCCCGCCAGUGAGCUAUACUUUCAAAUAUAAUGCUCCAGGAGACCCAGAAUUGGCAAGACGAAUCCACAACGCAUUCGAAGCAGCCGGCAUCAAAUCACAACUAGAUGACCAAAGAGGUUGGGACCACGGAGUUUUUAUACCAAUGAUGUUAAUAAACCCAAAGGCAGACAUCCCUGUUAUACAAGUAUCGAUAUUAAAAAACCAAGACGCGAAACAACACUACGACAUCGGAAAAGCGUUGUUCCAGUUUCGAAAAGAAGGCGUCGCCAUCUUUGGUUCCGGAAUGUCAUAUCACAAUAUGGCGGAAUUCGAUAAAGUUGAAAGAAAUUUGAAAAAUGUCGAGGUUAAUAUCGUUAAUCACGACUUUGAUAAUUUCUUAAAUGAUGUUUGCACGGGUGAGGUUGAAAAUAGGCAGAAAAUAUUACUGUGGGAGCAACAGAGAGGUGGUUAUGAAAGCCAUCCGUUAGGAGAAGCUGAUCAUUUAAUGCCGUUGAUAGUGAAUGCAGGCGCGGCUGGAACGCGUCCGGGGAGGAAAUAUUUUGAAUCUAUAUUUUUGUACAAAUUUCUGUUGAGCGGUUUUAUUUGGGAUGAUGAUGAAUAAAGAUUAGUUAAUCAA